UCCACAUGCCGGAGCCUGUCUGCCUCAUUGAGAACACCCAGACGAAGGGGCUGGUGGUCCAGGAGCAGGCACUGCAGGUGCUGUCAGCGAUCACCCAGCCUGUGGUGGUGGUGGCCAUCACAGGGCCGUACCGCACUGGCAAGUCCUACCUCAUGAACAGGCUGGCUCGUCAGAGGAAAGGUUUCUCCCUGGGCUCCAGCGUGCAGUCCCACACCAAAGGUAUCUGGAUGUGGUGUGUAGCUCACCCCUGCCGGCCGGGACACACUCUGGUACUGCUGGACACUGAAGGGCUGGGCGACGUGGAGAAG